GCGAUGGACUGGCAACCUGUCCAGGGUGUACCCUGCCUCUCGCCCAUAGACUGCUGGAGAUAGGCACCAGCUCCCCCGUGACCCACUAUGGAAUAAGCGGUAGAAAAUGACUGACUGACUUCAAAUUAAACAUGCGAGCCUUAUUUAUUUCUUACAAGACCUAUGAAGAGAUUUAGUUGCAGCUGAAUGCAAUUUCACACCACAAAUUUCCAUUUUUUCGGGCUACAACAGAAUCCUAAUAAAAUAUAUUGAAGUUUGUGGUUCUAAUGUGACAAAAUGUGGAAAAGUUUAAGCUCUAUGAGUACCUCUGCAAGGCACUGUUUAUCAGCUUCCAAAUAACAUAACAUAGAUAAAUUUGUAGGGAAACGACCUGAAAGGCAUUCAUGAAUGUUCCACCACUCGAAUAAAAUUAUGUAAAAAUAAAUAAUAAAACUACAAUGUUUUCAAACAGUGAUAUUAAAGUCAUAAACUGACUGCGUACAGAAGCAUAACAUAAUUUGUGGUAGCUAAGGUCUUUUCUGCGAAGUAUAAUUUCUUUAGUUGGUUUGAUAGAUAACAACUCUCCUGAGCCUACAGCUCCCAAAAUGCAAUGGGCGCGGCUCGCUUCCGGUCCUGCGCCGUUUCUGGAGCGGAUUGGAACCUGGAGUCAGGACUCGAUAAAUGAAGGCUGUUUUGCAGAAAAGGUAACGUGUUUCCUCACUAAUUUCCUCUGGUUUCCCGCAAAAUGGCGACGCAGUCUGUUAGUGAAGAUGCAGCCGGCUUUUCCGGGUCGCUCGGAGCUUCUCUACGCCGCCUGCACUGCUCUCAGCCCGGCGCUGAAAAGCACCGACUCCGGUUUGUUGGUUUUCGUCUCCGAUCCAGCCGCCAUGCCGACUGUUCUUUGUUACAUUGUAGAGAAGAGAAGCCGCUCAGAUCGGAGUUAAAACCCGGCUAGAGUUUGGGAAUCACUCAAAUUCUGGAUCCCAACUCUUAUACGGAUUCAAUAAACGGAAAAUGCAGGUUUGGAGUGAUUCACAAACAUCAAAAUGCAGUUAGUGCUUUCAAACACGAUAUUAUCUAUAAGGAGGGCUGGUGUGUUCAGGUACAGCUGAACUGUACAAUCAACUGUUUAUUCAGGCUGGGAUGUUCAGUUCUUUACUAUGUUCUUUACAACAUUUACUCUCCUACAAGUUGUUUUCUGUAAAAAUACAAUAUGACCCGAAAGCUGUCAUCUCCCCUUUAUUUCACGGUAAACAUCUCCUCUCUGUGCAGGUUGACAUAAUGGCUGAGCAGACCCCAGAUGAGUUCAUCUGGUGCGAGGACUGUGGCCAGUACCAUGACUCUGAGUGUCCUGAGCUGGGACCUCUGGUGACUGUUCAGGACUCCUUUGUCCUCAGCCGAGCUCGAUCAUCUCUCCCUAACAGCUUGGAGAUCAGAGAGGUGGGUAACAGGGAGGACGGAGUGUUCGUGCUGCGUCGACUGGUCAAAAGGACCCGGUUUGGACCCUUUGAAGCUAAGAAAGUGCCCAGUCUGGAGAAAGAAGGAGCAUUCCCUCUGAAGAUCUUUCAGAAGGAUGGUGCUGUGGUGUGUUUCGACUGCAGCAGUGAGGAUGACUGCAACUGGAUGAUGCUGGUGCGACCUGCCACCAAUUACAAACACCAGAAUCUGACAGCUUACCAGCAGGACGAUGACAUCUACUUUAACACCUCUCAGGAUGUGCUCCCAGGAACAGAGCUGAGAGUCUGGUAUGGUGCUUUCUAUGCCAAGAAGAUGGAGAAACACGUGCUGAAGCCCCCACUUCAACCACCACUGCCUCCACCAGAUGUUGUAUUGUCCUCUGCUAAAACAGAGAUCUCAGACAAAAGUGGAGCCCACUUGCCUCCAAAGGCUGAAGACAAGAGUGCAGGUCUAACCCUGGAUCAAAGCAGCGAGGUUUCCUCAGUGCCGCCCCAGGAGGAGAACCCGGUUGCCCCUGAUGUAGAGGAAGGGAAGCCCCAUACAGUCCAGCUUGGUCGUAAAAGAGGGCAGGGCCGCGGGAGGAGAGCCAGGGGACGGAGGCCAGGAGCAGCUGCUACCACAAGCAAAACCAAAAAUAUGAACCCCAUGGUGGGAACCUUGGAGCCGGUGGCCUCAGAGGUAGAAGCAGCAUCAUCAGAGAGCAGCAGCCUGCUCAGUUCCUCUGACAGUGUGGUUGUCCAGAAGAGGCACAAAGCCAGAGAGCACAAGAGGGUUUAUCGGUGCUCCCUCUGCAGUAAAGUCUUCCAGAACAGCAGCAACCUCAACAGACACAUCCGAUCUCACGGUGAUAAGCUGUUUAAGUGUGAUGAAUGUGACAAGUUAUUCAGCCGUAAGGAGAGUCUGAAGCAGCACAUCUCCUACAAGCACAGCAAGAAUGUGCCUGACCAAGAGUACAAAUAUAAAUGUAACACGUGUGAGAAAUCUUUCCGUCUAGAAAAUGCCUUAAAGUUCCACAACUGCCGCACAGAUGACAAGACGUUCCAGUGUGACAUCUGCUCCAGAUUCUUCUCCACCAACAGCAACCUGUCCAAGCACAAGAAGAAGCACGGCGAGAAGCUGUACUCGUGUGAGAUCUGCAACAAAAUGUUCUACCGUAAAGACGUGAUGCAGGAGCACCACAGGAGGCACAGUGUGGGACCAAAACAGCUGAAGAAAGAGGAGCUGGAGACUAAUGGAGAAGAAGGGACCAAGUACAGGAAGGAGCCAUCUCCCUGUCCCAUCUGCAGCAAGGUGUUCUCCUGCAGGAGUAACAUGAACAAGCACCUGUUGACUCAUGGUGAUAAGAAGUACACCUGUGAGAUCUGCGGACGGAAGUUCUUCCGUGUGGACGUCCUCCGGGACCACAUCCAUGUGCAUUUCAAGGACAUUGCUUUAAUGGAUGAGCAGGAGAGAGAGGACUUUAUCAAGAAGAUCGGCAUCUCACCCGAUGACAGCGAUGAAACAGAUGAUGAAGAUGAAGAUGACGAUCCCGAGCACCACAAAUACAACUGCAAGAAAUGUCAAUUGUCAUUUGCAAAGGGCAGAGAAUACCUGAAGCACAUAAUGGAGCAACACAAGGAGAAAGGCCACAGCUGUGGGAUCUGCAACCGACAUUUUGCUCUGAAGGCCACGUACAACGCUCACCUGGUCAUUCAUAGAGAGCAGCUGCCUGACCCUGCAGUGCAGAAGUACAUCCAUCCAUGUGAAAUCUGCGGUCGAAUCUUCAACAGCAUCGGCAACCUGGAAAGACACAAGAUUAUCCACACUGGGGUAAAGAGCCAUGGCUGUGAGAAAUGUGGCAAAUCAUUCGCUAGGAAGGACAUGCUAAAGGAGCACCUCAGGGUUCACGAUGAUAACCGGGACUAUCUGUGUGCAGAGUGUGGGAAAGGUAUGAAAACCAAACAUGCCCUGAGGCACCACAUGAAGCUUCACAAAGGCAUCAAGGAGUACGAGUGUAAAGAAUGCAACCGCAAGUUUGCCCAAAAAGUCAACAUGCUGAAACACUACAAGAGACACACAGGUAUUAAGGACUUCAUGUGUGAAUUGUGUGGGAAGACGUUCAGUGAGAGGACAACACUGGAGACACACAAGCUCAUCCACACAGUGGGUAAGACAUGGAAAUGUGAACAUUGCGAUAGGAAGUACCUGACGGAGUACAUGCUGCAGAAGCACAUCCACCUGACCCAUGAAAAGGUGGAAGCCCAGUCGUGUCAUCUCUGUGGGACUAAGGUGUCGACCCGCGCUUCUAUGAACCGUCAUCUGCGUCGCAAACACCCUGAGGUGGCGCCUGUGAGAAUGGAUGAGUUUGAUGAUCUUCAAGAAAAUUCAGCUGUCAGUAUUGUGCAGCCCACCCUGUCCUUGGAGAAGGACAGCAUGUCCCAUGAGAAGCCCAUCCGACCUUCUCGGCACCCCAAGAAGAAACCGAGAGUUACAGUGGAACCAGAGCUCUCCGAGUCUGAUGACUACGCCGACUUCACUGAGCCGAGGCACUCAGCCAUGGCCGAAUUUAACACCGUCAUCAUUGGCGAUGAAACAGAGACCAGCUCUGCUGUGCAGAGCAUCCAGCAGGUGGUGGUCCUAACUGACCCCAAUGCUCCAUCAGCCCCCUCCCCCAGCAGCUCAGUUGGACUGACCAACAUCACCGUCACACCAAUCACCAGCCACGCCCAAGCCCAGUUCACCAGUCUGCAGCCUGUAGCUGUGGGCCACCUGACAGCCACGGAUCGGCCUCUCACGUUAGACAACUCUAUCCUGACCGUCACGUUCGACACCGUCAGCGGUUCCGCCAUGCUCCACAACCGACCUGCUGAACUUGUCCCUGAGACAGUGGGCCCUACCAGCAGUGCAGCAUCCCAGUCUGUCGCCCAUUUCAUCAACCUUACCACUCUGGUCAACCCAAUUAGUCACCAGCUGGAGGCCCCGACUCUGGCCUGGAGGCCGGUACCAGCUGCUGAGGGUGGCCAGGUAACCCACAUGGACGGGGCUCAUGGAGAAACUCAGGAGGUCCAGAAUCAGGGUCCAGAUCCACGCCAGACAGCCACCCAACAGCAGCAGCAGCAAAGCAACUCAGCACAGCAGAUGUUUAGCUACUGAGCACUUACUGGAGGCGCAGGUCACCUCACACUCAGACAUUGUUACAUAGCAGAUGAUUUUUUUUUUUUUAUCGGACUAUUGUCCCUCAGAUGCCUCUCCUGUCCGGUGGAAGCUAGUCCAACUUUACAGGUCAUUAAUUCAUUUUUUUUUACUCUGACAGAGCCAAGUGGCUGCUCAUAAAGAAAUAAAACAUGAAAGAAAUAGUACUUCGACCCAAAAUCCCUGACAUACAACCAACAGUUGAAACCAAAGCAACAUGUGAGACAUGCAGCCUUUGAAAGCAUGCCUGUUAUUCAGAUAAAUCUGCAUUGUAAGAAAAAAGUGACUUUUCAAAGGAAGAACUUUAUGUUAAAGUUCACUGAUGAAAUAUUAUUUUGAUUGAUGUAAAUGCAAUUUUUGUUCAUCUUUUUCUCAGUUUUCUUAUGGGUGUGCUCGUUUGAGUGUGUGUAAAAACUUUCAUAUUCUAACAAUUUGAAAGUUUUCUACCAUCAAAUUACAAACUGCAUUACAGCUCUGCAGUUGGUACUUGAUUUAGCAAAUUCAGAAAAUACCACAAAAGUAACCCACCAGUUGUGAUAGUAUGUUACUGUCAGAUAAAAGUGAACUUAUGGGCAUAGAGCAUGUGCCAUGGUCUCUAAAAGAUUAAUUAAAAGAAUUGGUCUGUACAAAGGUUGUGUGGGACAGUGGCCUCCUAUGUGACCUUAGAAUACUUGGGUGUGCAGAGGUGUUCAUGGUCGACUCGGUGACUACAAGGUGCCCUUGUCUGUGGCUGUAAAUCGAGCCUGAAUAAUCACCCCUCCACCUUCAUGACAGAUGAUGUCAUCUAAUGUUCCCCCAUUUGUCCUAAGGAACUAGUUUCACAAGUCUUGUGUAUUAAGAUGUUACUUUGCAAUUUACAUUGUGUUGCCAUUCUCUUUCAUGACUGACAUCCUUCUUGAUCUUUAGCUUUUUUAUCAGACACCUGAGGUUUUUGGCCUCAAAGUGAUUGAUAUUUGGAACUGUUCAUCGUUUCAUCUGCCUUGACAGAAGCCCCAGUAUCAGCUGAAGAAAAACAACCCUAAAGCAUAAUGCAGACAACAAUGUGUUUCACUGGGGCAUAUGGUGUUCCUUUGCUGUAACUGUAGUAAAUGGCCAAAAGUUGUACUUUAAUUUAAUCAGACGCUUAACUCAUUUUCCCACCAGGUUUCUGGGUAUUUUAUCCAGGUCUGAAUGUUUAAUAGUAAGAAAAGAUUUCCAUCUUGCAACCAUACUCCUUAUUUCAGAUAAAUGUGAAAUAUAGGAGAUUGUUGUCACAUGUAGAUAAGUACAAAACCAGUAUUUUUUCAGAAAUGUUUUAUAUCUACAGAUAGGCUUCAAGUACCUUUAACGUUCAUUAAAUGAAAGCAAGAACUAAAAUAAAUAAAACUAUACAUUUUUAUUUUUAAAAAUGUAUAAUAAUAUUUCUGCGCCAGCCGGUUUGUUAUACAUUAUUAACAUUGUUUAUGCUCCGUUUCACAUGCAGGGAGAGAACCUUAUUGAACAUGUGCAGAAAUAGUUUAUUCAGAUUCCUUUGACCCAGGAACCACAACAUAAGCUUAUAACCCCACUAAGUUUUUCAGUACACCACAACUUGUUAGGAAAACUGCACGAAUUAAAUAUGUAUUUAGGUUUUUGUCCUGAUACAACUGCUGUUGAAGAGCGAAGAAGAACUCAACCAUCAAUGUGUUUCUACCGAAAAACUAAACUUUUUGCUUGUUAGCCAUGUCAUUCAAAGCUUGUCCGCUAGAUGGCGACAACACUUAACGUGGUUACACGCAUGUGCUGAAAUAUCCCAAACACAUCAUGUAAGUUAGAACAAAGGUUUUCGUCACGGUAAAGAAAGAUGUAGUGAUUUCUUCGUUUUUUAUUCAAGUAGAUGAAACAAAUAAAAGGAACUGGUUUAUGUAAAACUCUAACAAAAGCUCUUUUCUAAUUAUAAUACAAGGUGUGUGAAACUUGUAACACAUUUGCAUUUUACAGAAUGGCUUGAUUAACAGCUCUAAAGGGUGCUGAUUCACUGUUUUGACUUUGACCUUUGAAGUGCUGCCAGUAAUGGUCUUUGGAGCUAUAGCCUCCAGGGGAAACCCAAUGAUCACUCCACCGAUAGUCAUCUGGAAGCACACGACAGCUCCUCCUCUGGCUGUGCAAUUAGCCCUAACAACCUUCUUGAUGACAUAUUUAUUCCUGGGAUCUGGCCCUUCCAGUUUUCUCAUUAUACUGUGAGUUGACAUCAUGUCUUGAUGUGGAGGUAGGAGGUGCUGCACAACAAGCUGCAAAUAUUCACGCAUGUAGAGGCGGUUCAACCCCUUUAGUAAAGCGGUUUAGUAUGUGUGUUUUUGUAGCCUUCCUUCAGAGGAAAAAACAUUUUAUUUUUAUCGUGCUGAGAAGUAGAUGCCUGACAGGAAAACAGUUUUUAGUUGGGUGUGAGGAGCCUAUGGUACAUCUCAAACAUUUUCACAUUUCACCACAUUAAAACCAUAAAAUAUGCUGCCUUUUAAUGGGGUCUUUUGUAAUAGAAAAACACAAGGUAUUCUUGAAUUGUAAAGUAGAAGACAAUGAUAAAUGAUUUUUAAAAUUCAUUUCAUUUAACCAAUUACAGGUUAGGUUGGUGUUGUCACUACCAGCUUUGCUCAGUCAGAUUGGAUCGACAGCGUUUGUAAGCAUCAAUUUUUAGGUUCUGCCCCAAAUUCUCAAUUAGAUUUAAUUCUGGACUUUGACUGGGCCAUUCUAGCACAUGAAUAUCCUUUGAUCUAAACCAGUCAUUGUAGUGCUGGCUACAUUGUUAGGGUUGUUGUCCUGCUUGAGGGUAAACCUCCUCCCAUCUCAAAUCUUUUGCAGCGUUGCAACAGGUUUUAUGCCAGGAUUGCCAGUAUUUAUCAGCUUCCCUAUACUUGCUGUUGAAAAGCAUGCCCACAGCAUGAUACUGCCACCUCCAUGUUUUACUGUGUGGGUGCUGUAGUCUUUGACAUGUAGGUCAAAAAGUUCUAAUUCAGGCCUCACCUGACUGCCACCUUCUUUUACAUGUUUGCUCUGUCCCCUUGGUGAGAUGUUCAAAGCUUGGGAUAAGGCUUUAGAAACUAACCCUGCUUUGAACUUUAUUAUCGGUCUGUUUGGUGUGUUAAUCUGUGGAGGAAGAGUUGUACUAAUAUUGAGAAUAAAAAUUGACAUAGUUUAGUUCUACAGUAUUUACUAAUCAGGCACCUUUUGAAGGGAAUUGGUCGCUCUGGAUUUUAUUUAAGGGUGUCAGGGUAAAGAAGUCUCAACACAAAUGCAAACCACACUUUUCAAGUCUUUAUUUGUACAAUAAUAAUCUUUAAAAAAUGUUCUAUACAAAUGUAUAAAGUACUUUGUAUGUGUUUGCCACAGAAACGUCAAAUAAAAUACUUCAAAGUU